AUGGUCAAGGAAACUAAGUUUUACGACCUAUUGGGCGUGCCCGUGGACGCCAACGACGCACAGAUCAAGAAGGGGUACAGAAAGCAGGCGUUGAAGUUCCACCCUGACAAAAACCCCAGCGCGGAGGCCGCGGAUAAGUUCAAAGAGCUGACGGUGGCAUACGAAGUAUUGAGCGACUCACAAAAGCGUGACAUUUACGACCAGCUCGGUGAGGAGGGUCUGAGUGGCGGUGGCGCUGGUGGCGCUGGUGGCUUCGGUGGCUUCGGUGGUUUCGGCGAGGACAUCUUCUCUCAGUUUUUCGGCGGUGGCGCCUCGAGGCCUAGAGGACCUCAGAAGGGCAGAGACAUCAAGCACGAAAUGAGCGCUUCUUUGGAGGAGCUUUACAAAGGUAGAACAGCCAAGCUGGCCCUCAACAAGCAAGUUUUGUGUAAGACAUGUGAAGGCCGUGGUGGCAAAGAAGGUGCCGUCAAGAAGUGUGCCUCAUGUAACGGCCAGGGUGUGAAGUUUAUCACUAGACAAAUGGGCCCCAUGAUUCAGAGAUUCCAGGCCGAGUGUGACGCCUGUAACGGUACUGGUGACAUAGUUGACCCUAAGGAUCGCUGUAAGACCUGUAACGGUAAGAAGAUCGACAACGAGAGAAAGAUCUUGGAGGUACACAUCGAACCAGGCAUGAAGGACGGUCAAAAAAUUGUUUUCCAGGGCGAGGCCGACCAGGCUCCAGGUGUCAUUCCAGGUGAUGUUAUAUUUGUCAUCUCUCAGAGACCACACAAGCAUUUCGAAAGAAAGGGCGACAACCUCUACUACCAGGCUGAGGUCGACCUGCUGUCCGCUAUCGCUGGUGGUGAAUUCGCUAUUGAGCACGUUUCUGGCGAAUGGCUGAAGGUUGGCAUCGUUCCUGGUGAGGUUAUUUCUCCAGGUAUGACUAAGGUGAUCGAAGGUAAGGGUAUGCCUGUUCAGAAAUACGGCGGUUUCGGUGACUUGAUCGUUACCUUCAAGGUCAACUUCCCAACAAACCACUUCGCUGACGAGGAGUCUCUGAAGAAGUUGGAAGAGAUCCUGCCACCAAGAGCUAAGCCAUCUUUUCCAAAGAGCGCUGACGUUGAAGAGUGUGUGAUGAACGACUAUGACCCUGCUAAGCAUUCCGGAAGACAGUCUAACGGCAGAGGCGCCAGCAGCUACGAUUCUGACGAUGAGGAGCAAGGUGGCGCCGAAGGUGUUCAAUGUGCAUCUCAGUAA